AUGUCAAUCAUUAUUCGUGAAAGAAGCGAUAUUGUCGAUUUUAGACCUAUCCAAAUAGAUGGUCCUAAAUAUCAUGGGUAUCGAUGGGAACCGAUGGUUCGAUUGGAGUUAAAUGAAAAAGGUGAAUUUAUCUUACCAUUUUCAAGAAGAGUGAUCGAUGUUGACUUUCUUCUUUGGCCAAAAGUACCUAGUAGCUGUAUACAUUGUGGCUGCAUAGAUUUUGAAAAAAAAUCUGAUCCAUACCACAUUCUCAACGAUACGGAUGACGAUGACGGUAGCAUCGCAAUGUCUGCAUCAUCUACAACAUCUGAUGAUUACAUUUCUAAUAGCGAUGAUGAUGAUAAUGACAUAGUCUCGUCCCGGUCAUAUUCACCAUUCGAUUAUGAUCCAUUUCAAUCGUACGACUAUGAGUGUUAA